AAUGCAGUGAAACAUCCCUGUACUGGUGCCAAAACCACCCCUAGCAAUGCCUACUAUCCAUUAUCCUACCAAUUGUCAGUCACGGUUCGUAAGGCGUCUUCAAAAGGCAGAAAAAAUAAUUUAACUACAUUUAAAUGGCAAAAUAUCAAUAAAAAAUUGCAAAAGUAUGGUAAAAAAUAUCUGUAUCUCUAUACUAAAGUGAAGUAGUAUAUUUUUUACCAUAAAAAUGUUAAAAAAUCAUAAUAAAACACAGUGAAAAACAAGAUUUUUUACAAGGAUGAAGUGCACGAGCAUUGUGAAAAAGGGUGUGCAGCGAAAAGCAAUCACCAAAAGCAACUCUAUAUUUGGAGUGGGGAGCGUUGGCGUCAAAUUUAAGUGGAAAUGUUGCAAAGGCGGCAAUUUUACUCUAGGCCACUUCAUCGGUGGUUGUUGUUGUUGUACUCGGACUUUUGUUUUGCUCGCGGUGGCUGCGGUAUUUUUGUUUACAAGCGGCAGCGCCAAUGCUUCUGAUGCUGGGUUACUGAAGGCGUCAUUGGAGGAUAACAGUGGGACAGCAGGAGGGCGCCACCAGCAUCAUCACCAUCAAUACAGCGCUCAGGGUGCUGAACGGUGGCGCGAACAUGAAUACGAAGAGAAGGGCUAUUGUGCGCCAUACAAUGGUAAAAUUUGUAAGCAAUAUAUAAGCGGACAGGUGUGGUAUAGUCGUGAAGAUCCAACGGGUGGCUGGAAAAAUGAGCAGAUAACAACCGCAUUAUGGGAGGAAUUAAUUGCAGACCUGUCGGGAUUAUGUCGUGUAGCCGCAGAGAAAAUGCUAUGCGCCUAUGCAUUUCCGCAUUGUCAAACUGAAAAUGGACGCACAAUUAAGGUACCGCUAUGUUAUGAAGAUUGUACAGCCACUCAUCUACAAUUCUGCUAUAAUGAUUGGGUAUUGAUUGAAGAGAAGAAAGAGCGAAACAUAUUUUUGAAGAGUCGUGGACAUUUUCGACUGCCCAACUGUGGUGUGUUGCCAAGAUAUAACGCCACAGCAAAGAAGCCGAAUUGCUCCUAUAUUGGGCUCACAGAAAUCAAAGAAGAUGAAAUAAGCUACGAUUGUCGCAACGGCAAUGGCCGCUACUACGUUGGCACCGUAAAUUUUACAAAAUCAGGUUUACCUUGUCAACGCUGGGAUGUACAACAUCCACAUAAACAUAUCCAACCACCACAAGUGUUUCCGCAAAUAGCAGAAGGGGAAAAUUACUGCCGCAAUGCUGGUGGAGAAGAGCCUUUUCCCUGGUGUUAUACACUCGAUGAGUCUGUGCGUUGGCAGCAUUGUGAUAUAGCUCUCUGCCCCGAUUACAUUGAUCUCACCGCCAAAGAUCUCAAUACACCUAUAAUAAUGGAAACUUUCUUCACCCCAUCAAUGAUCUUCCUACUCGCAGGCAUUGGUUUCGUUGGCAUAGUGGCACUGCAUUUGAUUAUUUUGCUAGUGCAUAAAAUUUCAAAACACAAGGAGUUUUCGGUGCAACAGCAAAGGCAACAGGUGCCAACGUCCGAGUGCAAUAUAUCCGUGCGUGGCAGUGGUGACUGUAAUUUAACAGAAAGCAGGGAAACUUUGGGUUCGAAUAAUGCAGUUGCUAUGAUGAUCAACAAGUGUGGCACCAUUAAAAGUACAGCAACAGUGCAUAGCUCAGCAGAACCGAAAACCAAUUUAAAUACCAAGUUGGAGAAGCUAGAAUAUCCGCGGGGCGAUAUCGUGUAUGUGCGCUCGUUGGGGCAAGGCGCUUUCGGUCGAGUGUUUCAGGCCAAAGCACCUGGCCUCGUCUCUGGCAAUGACGACUAUUUAGUCGCCGUGAAAAUGUUGAAGGACGACGCCAGCGAUCAAAUGCAAAUGGAUUUCGAGCGUGAAGCGUGCCUUCUUGCCGAAUUCGAUCAUCCCAAUAUUGUUAAACUUCUCGGCGUUUGCGCACUGGGUCGCCCCAUGUGCUUGCUCUUCGAAUUCAUGUCACCCGGUGAUUUGAGUGAAUUUCUACGCGCCUGUUCACCCUACGCUACACACCAAAUACAACAACGCAAUCGCCAGGAAUUAAAUGAGGGACAUUUACUACAGAUUGCAGCACAAAUUGCCGCCGGUAUGGUCUACUUGUCGGAACGUAAAUUUGUACACCGCGAUUUAGCUACACGCAAUUGCUUAAUCAACGAAAAAAUGGAAGUGAAAAUCGCCGAUUUUGGUUUGUCACAUAAAAUUUAUCUGCAGGACUACUAUAAGGGCGAUGAGAACGAUGUUAUACCAAUACGUUGGAUGCCGCUCGAAAGUAUAUUGUAUAACAAAUUCUCUAUUGAAUCGGAUGUGUGGGCUUACGGCAUCUGUUUGUGGGAGAUUUUCUCUUUCGCUUUGCAGCCCUACUUUGGGUUAACACAUGAAGAGGUGAUUAAGUUUAUCAAAGAGGGAAAUGUACUAAUUUGUCCGGAUAAUACGCCACUAUCGGUGUACGCAUUGAUGCGACGUUGCUGGAAUCGUAAACCCAACGAACGUCCAAGUUUUGCGGAAAUCAAUCAUUGCAUACAGCACAGUCUGGUGGAAUACGAAUGCAAGACAAUGAUGUAGAGCGUGAAGAAGAAACGCGAGAAGAAAAUGAAAUGGAAAAUAUAUAAAGAAACUUUCAACUGGCCAUACUUACGAAUAUUGUGUAAGUGAAAACAUUUCCGUUCGAAAACACUCAGCAGUGGUUAGUUUGCGAAAAGUACAUACAUAUGUAUAUACAAUGAUAUGUAUAUGUAUAUACAUAUGUAUUUGAAAUAUUACUACAAUAAACACAAGCACAAAUUAUACAACUAUAUUUAUUAAAAAAAGUACUUACUAAUGAUAUCUCAGAAAAGUUGUGUUCUAACAAUAAUUUUUGUUGUUGUAUGCGUAGUUGUGUCAUAAAAGUCUCCAAUAUUUUUUGUAUAAUUUUAAUCGGUACUCAAUAAGGUAUUAUAAGUCAAGUGUGUAUCGGAAACUAGUAGUCACAAAAUUCUUAUUGAAAACAGCGUAACAAAAAGGAAACCAACCUCUACUUCCGCAAAGACAUUCCAAUCAUCGAGCAGCACUAACCUGCACUAUUCUUCUCAACGAAUUAUACAGGCAAUUUUUAUAUACUCGUUCGAGCAUGCAUACUUACGAACAUACGUAUUUACAUACAGAUGUGUGUAUAUGUGACCAUCAUAUCUACUAAAACAAA